GGCGAGCCGCAGCGCAGAGCUCCUUCCGGUGCGGUCGGUCACGUCAGGCGGCGGCCGAGGUGCGGGCGCCCGCCAGCCAUGGGCAGGAAAAAGCCGUUUCGCCGCCCGGACAGACACAGCCGGCGCGCGCCCAAGUCCCUGGAGACCUUCGCGGCAGACGCGCAGGCGGCGCUGGCAGCCUGCAUUCAGCAGGAUGGCGCUGGAGAGGGGGAUUCUGCAGAGGUGAGAUUCCCAUGCCCUCUUGCCAUGUGGGAGCUGGGACACUGUGAUCCCAAGAAAUGCACGGGGAGGAAAUUGGCUCGCAAAGGCCUGCUCCGAAACCUGCGUCUCAAUCAGAGAUUCCCAGGGCUCAUCCUCAGUCCUAUGGCAACUCAGUAUGUCUCUGCAGCUGACAAACAGGUUGUAGCUCAGAAUGGAGUUGCAGUCAUAGAUUGCUCGUGGGCCAAGUUGGAAGAAACGCCAUUUAGUAAAAUGAGGGGAAGCUAUCUCCGACUGUUGCCUUACUUGGUGGCAGCAAAUCCUGUAAACUACGGCCGGCCAUGCAAGCUGUCCUGCGUGGAAGCUUUAGCUGCUACUUUCUGUAUUGUUGGGUUCUCUGAUCUAGCCACCAUUCUUCUGAGAAAGUUCAAAUGGGGAAAAGUGUUUCUUGAAUUGAACAAAAAUCUCUUGGAGAAAUAUGCGGCCUGCCAUUGCCAGGAAGAGGUGCUGAAAGUUGAAAAGGAAUUUUUAGCAAGUGCAAAAGAAAGAGAAACUGAAGAUAUAGAUCCAUUUGAUGUUGACUCUGGAAAAGAAUUUUCAAAUCCUAAUAGACCAGCCAGCUCCAUAGGAAUGGCACAAUGUGAUGAAGAAUCUGGUGAAGAGGAUGGCAGUGACAGUGAUGAUGACAGUACAGAAGAUGACAGUACAGAAGAUGACAGUGAAAAGCUUGCUGCACAAACAGCCAAUAAACCAGUUAUUUGGAAGGGAGUUAAAAAAAGACUAAAAGAUUAAAUUGUUUAUAAAAGUGAGUUUUGAAAAUUUGUAUAAAGAAACCAUGAAUAUAAUUGAAAGGAAAAUUAAAAAAUGUUGUCUAGACUUUUUCCAUGAGCAGUGAAAUGACUUGGGCUCCACUCCUGCAACUGGGUUUUUUUAGGGGACCACUGUGUCUACUCCAUUGACUUCAGCAGGACAACAAGGAGGCACAGGAGUCUGCCUGCAUAUAGUUCUCUAGUUGAAGCCUUUAUGUCAAGGCUUAUCUGCACAUUAGUUCAUGGCAUGCUGGGGAAUGAAUCUACCCUGCAAUAGUCUGCUGCAUCCUAACUGUCCAUGUGCAUACUGCUGAUGCACAUUAACAAUCCGUCUUUGAAAGGGGACUGAACUAAAGCUCAUUAGUGAACUGCUAAUGCGCAUCAGCAGUGUGUACAUCAACAGUUUUUACCCCCAGCAGGUCUGUUGUGCACACUGUGUAGAGUAUAAGUCCAAAAGUGAAUUGAUUACAUGGGGAGCUGGUUUCACUCUUUGGGGGUGAUGGAGUAGAGGGGAGUAGUCCAAGUAUCUGGUAAUUAAGGACUUGGCCUAGACAGAUUUUGGGAGACUUGGGACUGAAAAGGCUGUUGGGGUCACCUUGCAAGAAGUAACUAGGCUGCUGGAAGCCAGGUUGACACUACUCUAAAGUACUGACUGCAUUAAAGACCUACUUUAUGCCUUCAGACCACAUCCUGCACUUUUCACUAGUAAUGCUGCAUGUACCGUCAUCUCCACUGGGUCAUAAAACAUAUAUCCCCCAAUCCUACAGUCUGUUCUCAUUAAAGGGAAAGGAUGCUGCCUUAAGCUCUGGCUGCUGUUUUCUCGGAGUUUCUAAUGAAAGAAAAAUUAGGACGUGCUUCACAAGGAACCCAAGGUCUGUGGAAACUGUCUGCUACAAAGGGAUUGUACAGUAAGUAGACCCCCUAACAGUUUAAAUUAACAUACUGCUCCACUCAGUGUGAUCAUAACUGAUUUUAUUAUAAGUAAAAUACAAAUAUAAAAACAUGCAUGUUACACGUUAUGGUGGACUGAUAUGUUUACAUUAAACAAGUUUUUUUUUUAAACAGUUUCACUGAAGUGACAUACCUAAUUAGCAAAAGUGUAAACUAGAGGAAAUAAAAUUCCAUUCAAGAAUCGGAGUAGAGGGGCCUGAAACCACAACUUUGGCUAUCCAAACCACAACUGCUCUAUACAAAUUUAUAGUCAGCAUUCUUGAAUCUCUGCAAUGAUAAUUAUGCCUUAACCACGUCUGAGAGACUUUUCAAUUGCUGAAAGCUCUCCUGAUUUUCAGAUGCCAUAUUGCAUUAGUUAAAAUACACUAAAUACUUUCCUAAUAUCACUUUCUUGAAAACAUUUAAUUUUAGGUGCCUUAGGGAUCUUAGGCAAUUAUAGCUGGGAGGAGAGUUGGCUAUUAAGAUGUGGUCCACACUAAGGUUGAGAAUCCCUGGCCUAAGCAAAAUAAAUCUACCUAAGCAUAGGCCUCACUAGCUGGCUCUGCAGUGUGUUGAAUAUUCCAUCUGAAAGUCUCACCGAUGACUGUAGGAAAUCAAACAUCCAUUGAAUAAAAUGCCAAUCUGACAUAAUAGUUUUGUCUUAGCUACUGAGAUCAUCUGUGUGAGUCACAAUGUGUUGUACAAACCACCACAACUUCCUCUUCAGAAAUGCAAACCAGGACAUUCUCAUUAUGUAAAACAAACAGGAUCUAUAUAUAAUAAACUACAAAAGUAGAACUAUUAAGCACUGUAAUAAAGGGAGAGGAAACUAAAAUAAAACAGGAGUACUUGUGGCACCUCAGAGCCUAACAUUUAUUUGAGCAAAAGCUUUCGUGGGCUACAGCCCAC